UUUCAGGUUGUUGACGUCAUCUGCUUAUCUAAUAUUACAUUACUCGGACCCCAUCUAUCUGGAAUGGGUAUUCCCCAUUUUACCGUAUGAACUGUACUUUUUGGUGGACUUGCCAGAGCGCGUAUGUCUUCUUCUACUAGUGAUUGCCUAUCUUAUUAUAAUCGUAAAAGGAUUGGUUCAGUUUUUCCGACGAUGCAGGGCUGCUGAACAGGAUCUCGAGGAACAGCUUUGGAAAAACUCUUACCAAUACAAAUCUACUUUAAGGCUGCUAAUGAAAACACCCAAAGGGCGUUGCAAAAAAGGCAUCAUAGACGCAGUCAAAUCAAAAGUAUACAAGAGCCGACAAGAAUUCAAAUACUCUACUCGUGUUAUCUGCACAUAUGCUAUUAGUCUCAUCAUAUUAUUUGAGGUUGGCAUAAGACUGGUUAUACUUGGCCUGCCCAAAAACCACUACCUUCUUUUUUAUUUGUAUCCCAUUAUAACUAAAAUCACUAUGGCGAUGCUUGCAUUUGGUUGGAAUCCCAUGUUAGCAAAGUGGACAUUAAUCAUGCGAGUUUCAUGGUUCACUGCCAUUACAAUAAGCACCGCUUAUUACAUCAUUGCAACAAUCAACAUGAUGUCUUUGCACAGAAGUCAUCUUAGGCGGUUACAGAGAGGAGAUAAAAGCUUGCUGCCCAAAAAGAUCCAAAAGGAAUCCCCAUCUUUUAUGACAGUUAGUAUUUUGUCUUGUAACGAUAGCAUAUAA